AUGACAGAAAGUUUCCUGUCCAACCCGAGCUCCAAGAGCUUGCCACAAAGGUUUCCUUUCCAACCCGCAACCCGAGACCUCGCCACAAAGGUUUUCUUUCCAACCCGAGCCCCGAGUGCUCGCGACAAAGGUUUCCUGUCUAGCCCGAGCCUCGAGCGCUCGGCACAAAGGUUUCCUGUCCAACCCGAGCCGCGAGCGCUCGCCAAAAAGGUUUCCUGUCCAACCCGAGCUCCAAGAGCUUGCCACAAAGGAUUCCUUUCCAACCCGAGCCCCGAGCGCUCGCCACAAAGGUUUCCUUUCCAACCCGACCCCCGAGCACUCGCCACAAAUGUUUUCUAUCUAGCCCGAGCCCCGAGCGCUCGCCACAAAGGUUUCCUGUCCAACCCGCGCCCCGAACGCUCGCCACAAAGGUUUCCUGUUCAACCCGAGCUCCAAGAGCUUGCCACAAAGGUUUCCUGUCCAACCCGAGCUCCAAGAGCUUGCCACAAAGGAUUCCUUUCCAACCCGAGCCCCGAGCGCUCGCCACAAAGGUUUCCUUUCCAACCCGACCCCCGAGCACUCGCCACAAAUGUUUUCUAUCUAGCCCGAGCCCCGAGCGCUCGCCACAAAGGUUUCCUGUCCAACCCGCGCCCCGAACGCUCGCCACAAAGGUUUCCUGUUCAACCCGAGCUCCAAGAGCUUGCCACAAAGCCCGAGCCCCGAGCGCUCGCCACAAAGGUUUCCUGUCCAACCCGAACCCCGAGCGCUCGCCACAAAGGUUUCCUGUCCAACCCGAGCUCCAAAAUCUUGCCACAAAGGUUUCCUGUCCAACCCGAGCUCCAAGAGCUUGCCACAAAGGUUUUCUUUCCAACCCGUGCCCCGAGUGCUCGUGACAAAGAUUUCCUGUCUAGCCCGAGCCUCGAGCGCUCGACACAAAGGUUUCCUGUCCAACCCGAGCCGCGAGCGCUCGCCGAAAAGGUUUCCUGUCCAACCCGAGCACCAAGAGCUUGCUACAAAGAAUUUCUGUCCAACCCGAGCUCCAAGAGCUUGCCACAAAGGCUUCCUUUCCAACCCGAGCCCCGAGCGCUCGCCACAAAAGUUUCCUUUCCAACCCGACCCCGAGCACUCGCCACAAAUGUUUUCUAUCUAGCCCGAGCCCCGAGCGCUCGCCACAAAGGUUUCCUGUCCAACCAGAACCCCGAGCGCUCGCCACAAAGGUUUCCUGUCCAACCCGAGCCCCGAGAGCUCGCCACAAAGGUUUCCUUUCAAACCCGAGCCCCGAGCACUCGCAACAAAGGUUUCCUGUCCAACCCGAGCCUCGAGAGCUCGCCACAAAGGUUUCCUUUCAAACCCGAGCCCCGAGCGCUCACCACAAAGGUUUCCUGUGUAGUCCGAGCCCCGAUGGAUCUGAAAAUGACGAUUUCUUUCCACAAUUGUCGUUUGAAUACCAACCCAGGCGCGGGUCGUUUAUCCAUCCGCCGGGCCGGAGUUCUAACGUUCAUCGACUCCACACCGAAAAAAAAGUCGAUAGAACGUUAG